AUGAAUCGAUCAAACUGUAUAAUCUACUUUAAAGAUCUCGGAGUGAGAACACCCCCUCCCCGAUGGAGCUUCAAAUCAGGGGGUGCCUGUUUCAAGGGCAUCCUCCUCGGAGGGACCAACGCCCAAGGGAAGAGAUCUGCAGCGACCCUGGGACAGUUAAUUGACAGGAGGAAGAAAGAGGUAGACCUUUCCACUAAUGAAGAAGUAAUUCGGAGGUACAAGAGGGCCAACAUAAAAAAAAUACUCCAGGGGGUAACAAAACCUGGGGAGUUACAACAGGGUAAUGGUAAACAGGAUGGUGCCAGAGCGACGGAGCGCCAUCCAAAGGAACAACCCCAUAUGCUGGAAUCCUUGGUUGGGCAUUCCAACAUGGAAAAAAAUGGUACCGUUCAUGGAAAGGAGAAAACAGUACAGUUCUACACACCGAUAAAUAGGAAAGGCAUGCUUGACGCAGGCACAAGAGGGUUACACAAGAGGGACGAUAAACAAGUAGUACAGGAUGAACAGGUCAAAGAUACAGUGGAUAAAUUAUUCAGCUCAAGAGAGAAAAAAAAAAACCUCAUGAAGAGAAUCAUCUUUAACAGUUCUCACGAUUAUUUGGAGAUUAUUAACAAAUAUGAAGAGGAAAAAGGUAGGGAAGAUGAUAAGUUUUAUAAUUGCCUGAACAGUGCAGGUAAAAAUGCAGAUACAUUUUUUAAAAAGGAGGAGGAAAUUCAAGGUGAUGGGAAGACACACACAGGUUUUGGUAGUACUUCUCCCAUUGAUGAUGGCUAUCUAUUCGAGGUGGAUAAUGAUAUCACUAAUGAUACAAAUGAGAAGUUUGGUUUACUCCCCCCCAACGGAAAUUCUAAAUUGAACGUUUCCAUUUUUUCGGAGGUAGGUAAAAAAGACAUCCUGGAGUCGUGUAAAAGGAGAAAGAAUAUGCAAAGUGAAAUCAACAAGAAUAGUGAUGCGAAGAAUAUUUUUAAUAAGGAUAUUUAUUUUUGGUUGAAACGGAAGGUGCAUAGGUCUGUCGGGUGGGAGCUUACCGCGGAGAGUUUGAACAAAGGCGAGGAGGUUAUCGACGUGACGGAGCUUACAUGCGCCGGGGAGCAUUCCCUAGUGGGGAGAUCCCCCUCGGAGGUGCGCGAAGAGGCUACUUCCAACGUAGACAACAACGUUAACAAAUGUGUGAAUGGAGAGGCGCACCUCAGCAUGGAUCACAUAAUCUCCGAGGAGGGGCCUGCGCCAAACUUGAUGGAACCUCCCCAGGGGAAGGACCCCCCCAGGGGAACGUAUCUUCAGAGGCGAGCGGCACCUCUCCACUUUUUGAAAAGGCUUAGCGGGAAAGGGGGGGAUAAUCCCCACAAGGAGGGGAAUAAUCAGGAAGAAAGUCAACAGAUUAACAUGGAGUUUACCCGGGAGGAUGUACCCCGAGAUGGAUACCAAGGCAUUGUUGAUAACAGUACGAACGUGUUCAAGCAGUUAAGGGAUAACUACCAUCUAUUCAAGGAAAGGAACCUGUCGCCGAACCUAUUGGAGAGUUGUGAAAAGUACGUAAGCUACUACUAUGGAAUCGAGAAGGAGGAAAAAAUAAAGGAACUGCGUAGAUACCUGGACUUGAAUUUCUACGACAUGAUAAAGGAAGGACAAUAUAACAUGGAUGAUUACAACAAUCUUUUAAAAAGUAAAAUACUCUUUAACAAGGAAGAAGAAGCAUUUCGCACUUUUAAUCUGUUCAAGCAACAUGACCUAAAAAUAAAUGUCGAGACAUACAACUGCUUGAUGUAUGCAUCUGUUGUCCACAAAAAUGCAAAGUUGGGUAGACUAAUUUACCUCCAAAUGGUAAAAGACGCUAUAAGUCCAGACAAACAUACUUACUGUAUUUUAAUCAAGGCACAUAUAUUGGACAACGAUAUUAAAAGUGCCUUCCACCUGUACAGGAAAAUGAUAAAAGAAGAUAUAGAAGUAGACCUACCCAUUUAUUCUACCCUCAUUGAUGGAUUGAUAAAACACAAACUCUAUGAAAGGGCUGAAUCAUUUUUUAAUUACAUUAUUAAUUACAGAAAUGUUACCCCUGAUGAGGUUCUAUACACCAUCAUGAUUAAGAAGUGUGCAUACAGAGCAGAGGCAGAGAAGUGUUUGAAUUUUUACGACACCAUGGUUAGUAACCAUAUGAAGGUUACCGACAUAACUCUCAUUGAGAUUAUCCACUGUCUUUCGAAGAGGAGAGAUUACUUCUCACAAGUCUUUCACUUUCAUAAUAUUUACAUGGCGAACGAAAUGAAUGUUAACCAUCGGCUGGUGUUAUACUUAAUUAUCGCUUGCUCCACGACAGGGAAUGUAAAGAGGCUCAAGGAAGUUUUGAAGAGUGCAAACAAAAACCGCGUUAGGAUCACGGAGGAGAUGUGUUGCUACAUCAUACGUACCUUUGCGAAUAAUUGCCGCAGGGAGGGCAUCACGCUCAGCGAUCGUCACAACAAUAUCCGGUACGCCUGGGCGGUGGUCCACGAACUGGUUCGUAGGGCAAGGGCGUCCAACCCGACAACCAACCCGACAACCAACCCGACAACCAACCCGACAACCAACCCGACAACCAACCCGACAACCAACCCGACAACCAACCCGACAACCAACCCGACAACCAACCCGACAACCAACCCGACAACCAACCCGACAACCAACCCGACAAUGAAUGAGAUGGUCAAUGGAAUAGACGCGGGGGACAGUAGCCCAAACGAAGUUAGUACCACUACUGGUGGAGAAGGCAAACUACCCAGAGUUAACACCUCUAAUGGUGAAGAAGUGACUCCCCUCCCUGGUGGAACAAAAAUAUUGAAUAGCAUCGUGCAGUUGUACAUACACUGUGACUACCAUGACUAUGCCAUCAGCAUGCUAAAAUACUACACUCACUUUGAGUGCCUCCCUGAUGUAUACACCUUCGGAUUGCUAUACAAUUUGCUCUUCUACAAAAUGGAAGACUACGGGCGGGUUCUUUGUCUGUACGAUUACAUGGUGAAUCAAACGGAAGUGAAGGCAGAUGAAAAGACUCUGAAUCUGGUUCUACGUGCAGCCAUCAAAACCAAAUCCUCAAAAAGUACACUCUAUGUCCUACGACAGAUGUACACAGCUAAGGUGUAUCCAACGGCGAAAACCAUAAAGGAGUUGUUCCAUGUGGGUCGACACAUAACAGAUAUACAGGUACUUAUUAACAACAUGAUAAAGCAACAGAAGCGGGACAUCUACGAGGAAAAUGUAAAGGACAGCCAACUAAUUCAGCUGAACAUUGAUGAAUAUGAAUUGAAUUUGUUCCGAGAGGGGAAGACAUUCAAAACAAAAUCUCAGUUGGAUCAAGUGCGAGAACAAUUCUUUAGGAGGAAGGAGCGCAUCGAGAAAGAGAAACGCAUGUCCAAAGGUAAAAAAUCCUCUGACUGGUUGCCCUACGGUCAGUACCUUCAGCGUAAGCGCAAGGGAGGUGAGGCCUACGCACAGCGGGUGGAUCGCCCAAAGCCCCUACCCUUUUGA